UUGCACUCUUUACUUGCAGGCAACCGACUUGCUGCCGAGGAUUAUAAACGUUGUAGUAAAAUUUGUUGUUGUUGCUUAUGGAUUUGUGGCACAACUACCUAAAACAGCUGCCGCACCGCACGGCAAAUGCACAGCAUAACACGCACACAUUCACACACACACACACUAGCCGCCGCAGCUACAAUGAGAUAGUAAGGAAGCAGUGCAACAACAGCAGCAACGCAGCGCGCGUGCAUUUAUUAUUAUCUGCUCGCAUUGAAUUACAAUACAAAUGUACAUCCGCUACCUACAGGCGGCAGACAGUGUUCAUUGCAAGGCAACGCCAUUAAGACGUGCACGAAGCAAAUUGGUCGUGAAUGCCGGUGUGACGGCGAAGUUACGUGUAUAAACGAGUGAAGCGAAAAUAACUAAAAUUAAUGAAACAAACGCGAAUGAGAAUUAAAAGUAAAUAAGUAAUUUGAAAGACACACGAAGUUGAGCAUAUUAAAGAAAAACGAAAAUAUUCAAAUAAAUACGAAAAUUAUUAGCGCGUGAGGAUGUGAAAAUGGCACAACUGUUUUGCUGUGGCCGUCAACAACAAGUGCAACGUGCAAAAAUAAUACGAAAACAAUUGCUGGCGUGAAAGUAACGAGUAACGAGCGCGUUGCUGCCAUAAAAAUUAUGUGAAGUAAUUUGUCGCAUGAAAAAGAAAAUAUAAGAAAAAAAACACAAAAAUUAGCUGUGCAUAAAAAGUGCAUGAAAAAGGUUUGGGUAACCACUAAAUUUAAUAAACAUAACAUAACAAACGACAGCUUGCUGCCACAACUUGCCGCACAACAAAUAAACAUAAAAUUCAACAAGCAAAGCGAUAAGCCCUGCCCGCAUGCGGCAGUUAAUUGAAGAUUAAACAAAUACAAAAGCAAGAAAAAGUAAUAUAAAAGUGCAAAAUACAAAAUAAAAGUGUGGAAAAAUAUAAUAAAAGUGAAGCAAAAAUAUUAAAAGUGCGGUAAAAAAUAAUAAAAUUAAAAAAUAUAUUAAAAUUGAAAAAAAAAUAUUAAAAGUGUGGAAAAAAGUGUUGAGAAAAUCAUAAAAGUGAAGCAAAAAUAAUAAAAGCACAGAAAAUAAAACAAAAGUGUGGUCGAAAAAAAUCCAAACGCAAACGCUUUGCUGCACACACCAAAAGUAAUAAAAACAGAAUUUAUAUAUUAAAACACCACACAUCAAAAAAUCAUAGCAUCACACAACAUAAAACAGCAAGCGCCACAUAAAGCCCACAUUUACACACACACAUUCACCCACAAAAACAUACAAGCAAACGCGCGCGCCCUUCCACUUCCUUGCGCUAUUUUAAUGUGCGGAAAUGACGCACCUGCAACCCCAACGUCGCUACUACUCCCCAAUGCGUUUUAAAGGAGGCGGAGGAGGUAGUGUUGUUGUUGGUUGUGUCGGCAGCAGUGUUGAUGAUGGCAGCGCUACAGAUGCCAGCAUAAGCGCAAGUGUCAGUACAGCUGGUGGCUGUAGCAGUGAAAGUGCAAUCGGCAACGGUGUAGAAAUACUGUUUAACACCGACGCUUGUACGGCGGCGGCUGUUGCGCUCGAUUACUGUAGUCAUCAUCCGGACACCACGCCACGCCGUGCAACAACGUGCACACGCGCCAGCCGUCGCCCCAACCACCACCUCAGCAGCAGCAGCACAAAACGUUUCAUUCCACCACCCAUACCGCAAUGUCGUCGUCGUCAUCUGCGUCGAAGCCGCCACUGUUGGCCUGCGUUUUGUGUACAACAUUUCCUACUAUUCGCCCAUCUACUGUUGCUGUUUGCCUGCGGUGAUUUCCUUCAGGUUGCCACGGCCGAACCGUAUGGUGGGUCGUCUUCGUCGGUGGGUAUACACAUACCCGGCGGCAGUUUGGGCGUGAUCAGUGAGUCGCGUUGUCCGCGUGUUUGUUCGUGUAAUGGCCUGACUGUGGACUGUUCGCAUCGUGGCUUGACGCAAGUGCCGAGAAAAAUAUCGGCGGAUGUGGAGCGACUCGAUUUGCAAGGCAACAAUAUAACCGUAAUUUUCGAAGCCGACUUUCAACGCCUCACGAAACUACGAAUACUCCAACUAACGGAUAAUCAAAUACAUACAAUUGAAAAGGGCGCUUUCCAGGAUCUGGUGUCACUGGAGCGACUGUAAGUUUAGUUUAACUUAGUUUUCACAACUUUCGCAUGCUUAAGCGUCUUCAUUGCAUUACUGAAUGCUUAACUUUAACUAAAAUAAAAUAAAAAAAACAGUUAAAAAUUCUACUUAAAACAUUUCAAAGUUUUCUUUAAAAAAUUUUCAACUAAAAUUUAACUGCAUUCAAAGUUAUAAAAUAUUAUUUGAACUAAAAUGACUUUUGUA